UUGAGUAAGUAACGGCUCAGCUGACGGUGUCUGUCUCCUCGAGCAUGUGUUUAAUGAGGACAGAGCCGAGCAGACCUUACCAAGACACUCGCCAUGACUACGCCGUUUUCUCCUCCGCUUUACAUGCAGCGAUACCAGUUUGUUAUCGACUAUGUGAAAACUUACCGACCGAAGAAGGUCAUCGAUUUCGGAUGCGCAGAAUGUUGCUUACUAAAAAAGCUUAAGUUUCACCGCAACGGUAUACAGUUACUCGUUGGAGUUGAUAUCAACAGCGUCGUCCUCCUGAAGAGAAUGCACACAUUGGCUCCACUUAUAAGUGAUUAUCUACAGCCAAGUGAUGGGCCUUUGACCAUUGAGUUGUAUCAAGGCUCUGUCACAGAAAGGGAGCCCUGCACCAGAGGAUUUGAUCUUGUGACGUGUGUCGAGUUAAUCGAACACCUGGAGCUUGUGGAGGUGGCAAGCUUUUCUGAGGUGGUGUUUGGCUACAUGUCACCAGGUGCCGUGAUCGUAAGCACACCAAACGCAGAGUUCAACCCACUGCUGCCGGGCCUGAGAGGCUUCAGGAACUAUGACCACAAGUUCGAAUGGACCAGAGCGGAGUUUCAAACUUGGGCUCACAGUGUGUGUAGAGACUAUGGCUACUCCGUGCAUUUCACGGGAGUUGGAGAAGCUGUUGGCCACUGGAGAGAAGUGGGAUUCUGUACCCAGAUUGCCGUGUUCCAGAGGAAUUUCCAUGAUUCCAUGAGCAAUGCUGAGCGCUUGGAACCCUCAGUCUACAGACUGAUGUACAAAGUAGUGUAUCCGAGCCUAAGUGAUAACAACAUCUACCAGAGAACUUUAGUUAAUGAAGUCUUGUAUGAGGCACAACACCUGAGACAGGAAUGGCUGAGCAGAAUGGACUCCAGCAAUAAUGCACACUUCUGUGCUCCUCCAUUAAUGCACUUAUUCCAGCAUGGGGCUGAAGGAGGUACACGUGACUGGCAGCCUGUCUACCAGCAAGGUGGCACAAUUUGUGUUCCUUUGGCAUGUGUGUGGUCCAGUCCCAGAGUGAGAGCGCUUUGUGGGAGCGUGCAGCGUCUCCGGGAGGAACUGCUGGAGGAUGAGCGAGUGAGGAUGAGCGCUGAUGGAACGGUGCUAAACCUGCCUGCUGCUGAGGAGGAGGAAGAGGAGAAGGAGGUGGAGGAAGAGGAAGAUGUGAAAGCAGUAUCAGUUGUAGCAAACAGUGUGGAGGAGGACUGGGAUAGGGAGCUUGGGUGUUGUGGAAAUAUAUAACAGAUCCAGAAAGCUUUGUAACCAGAAUAAAAGAAAGAAAGCUGCACUUAAGAUGUUUUUCCUUUUUGACUGUAAGUGUAGAAUCAUCAGUAUGACAGAUUUCAAUUAAAUGGCCAAAUCUGUGAUUGAUGGAGAAGAAAAUCAUUAAACAUGCCAUUAAUAAAAAUGCAAAUAUGUGACUCCA